CUAAUAAUGGAACUAGUGAUAGAUGAUAUCAGCCAAUCAAAACCAAUGUUCAAUUGGUGGGUCUCACUUUUGUCGGCCAGUAAUAAAAUCAAACCAAAUGCCCCAUUAUAAAGACUACAUUGGAAGAGUUUUUUUGAAAUGUAGUUUUCAAUGAUGUGGUGUUGAUCUAAUGAAUUAUUAAGCUAGUUUAGAGAUUUCUCUAGUGGAAUGGCCGGUACGAUACCAGGAGUCGAAAGUGCUCGGAGGAGGAGGUUCCAUGGAGGGUCCGAUUCUUCGUUUACCAUUAAUUUAGGUUAUCGAUCCACGAGGAGCAGGGACUUUUAUAAUACUCACCUCACCACCACUUCGUUUUUGCAAACAUGUAUGAUAAACAACUCAGAUCAAGAUGGGAAGCUUGGUUGUGUAGCUAGAAAAGCCAAAGAAAGACUUGAUGAGAGGCUAAGAAGCCACAGGAAAUCAGAAACCAACAGUAGCCAAGAAAGAUCUAGGGGUGCAAGUCUUGUUAAAGAAAUUGAGAGAAAGCCAAGUAGUUCUAUGGUGGUUGGAGAUUUGCAAAUGGAGGGUUUUGGCUUGAAAAGAAGUGGAUCAAAGAAGUUCAGUUGGGGGAAGAUGGGGUUGAUUUGGAAAUCAUCAGAACAAGACGAGUGUGUUGUUUGUUUGGAGAAGUUUAAAGUCGGCGAGAAGCUUGAUCGUUUGCCUUGCGCGCAUCGCUUCCAUUCCGUGUGUUUGUUACCAUGGUUAGAGAGCCAUGCACACUGUCCAUGUUGUAGAAUGAGUGUUCUAGGUUCAAAUUAAUUGGUUUGUUACUUUGUUGUGCUUAUGAGUUAUGAAGCUUGUAGUUUACUCUUGUAAUGAGCUUGUAAUAUGGGUUGUAAUGUUUGUGACACAAGUAUCUUUGUUGUACGUGAAUGUUGCUAAAUGUGAUAAGGAAAAGGAAUUAUCAAAGUGCA